ACCACAAGAAACCCAAAUAAUGUGUAAAUGAAAUAACAGACAAAAAUAAUAAAAGAAACCGUCCCUCGUGUAAGACUGUCCACUAUUUGUAAACACAGCUGAGUCCAUCGCCCCUCCCUUCCUCUUCCCAAUCAGCACUCAGCACUCCGUGAUCACCCUAGCAAGGACACCAGUCCACACCAGCUGUGCCAGUGUGACUCAGCCUCAUCAUGUCUGCCCGUAACCAGGUCAUCACACAGCAGAUCCAACAAGACUGGGUCAACCGCGAGUACAUUGAGGUCAUUACAAGCAACAUCAAGAGAAUCGCAGACUUCCUUAACAGCUUUGACAUGUCGUGCCGCAGCAAACUGAGUCAACUGAACGAGAAGCUGACCAUGCUGGAGCGGCGCAUUGAGUACCUAGAGGCUCGGGUCACAAAAGGGGAGACUCUAAACUAGCAGUGGCUCUUGUACACACAACAACAGCUGCACUGGCACAUCUCAGGAUUAUUGGGACUCAUCUGCCGCUGUUCAAGUGUAGCUUUCUUAGUGAUUAAUUGUAUCCUAUAAAUUUUGUGCAGUAUUUAUGAAGUAUUACUAAGAAUAUUUUAAUUUUCAGUCAUGCAAUUGGUGCUGAAUGUGAACAGUACUGGCAAACACAAGUGGUUCCCAUCAUCCUGAGAUCAUACUGUACACUUCUUAUACUCGUGAUGAUAUUUUGUAAUAAAAAUAUGUAACGCAAAA